CAGAGGUGUUUGCCGGGGCUUUGAAGGCUGGCUUGUGGUGGAGUCCUCCCGGGACAAUGAGCUCCUUCCAGGGACAGAUGGUCGAGUACCCAACCAUCUCCAUAGAUCGCUUCGACAGGGAGAACCUGAAAGCCCGUGCCUACUUCCUGUCGCACUGCCACAAGGAUCACAUGAAAGGAUUAAGAGCCCCGACACUGAAAAGAAGGUUGGAGUGCAGCUUGAAGGUCCACCUGUACUGUUCACCUGUUACUAAGGAGUUGUUACUGACUAGCCCAAAAUACAGAUUCUGGGAGAAAAGAAUAGUAGCGAUCGAGAUUGAGACUCCUACCCAGAUAUCUUUGAUUGAUGAAGCAUCAGGCGAGAAGGAAGAGAUUGUUGUGACUCUCUUACCAGCUGGUCACUGCCCAGGAUCAGUUAUGUUCUUAUUUCAGGGUAAUAAUGGAACUGUCUUGUACACAGGAGACUUCAGAUUGGCCAAAGGAGAAGCUGCCAGGAUGGAGCUUCUGCACUCUGGGGGCAGGGUAAGGGACAUCCAGAGUGUAUAUUUAGAUACUACUUUCUGCGACCCAAGAUUUUAUCAGAUUCCCAGUCGGGGGGAGUGUUUAAGUGGCAUUUUAGAGUUGGUUCGGAGCUGGAUCACGCGGAGUCCCUAUCACGUGGUGUGGCUGAACUGCAAAGCUGCUUAUGGCUAUGCAUAUCUAUUCACCAACCUGAGCGAGGAGCUGGGAGUCCAGGUUCACGUGGACAAGCUGGACAUGUUUAGAAACAUGCCCGACAUCCUCCAGCACCUCACCACAGAGCGCAGCACCCAGAUCCACGCCUGCCGCCACCCCAAGGCAGAAGAGUACUAUCAAUGGAAUAAAUUACCCUGUGGAACUACUUCUAAGAAUAAAAUUCCACUCCAGACAAUCAGUAUUAAGCCAUCCACCAUGUGGUUUGGAGAAAGAUCCAGGAAAACAAACGUAAUUGUGAGGACCGGAGAAAGUUCAUACAGAGCUUGUUUUUCUUUUCACUCCUCCUACAGUGAGAUUAAAGAUUUCUUGAGCUACAUCUGUCCCAUGAAUGUAUAUCCAAAUGUCAUUCCAGUAGGCACAACUCUGGAUAAAGUUAAAGAAAUCUUAAAGCCUUUAUGCAGGUCUUCUCAAAAUACUGAGCCGAAGUAUAAACCACUUGGAAAACUGAAGAGAUUUAGAAGAGUCCAUCUAGAUUCAGAGGAGGAAGAUGACCUUUUUGACGACCCGCUGCCAGUACCUUUAAGGCACAAGCUGCCAUAUCAGCUAACUCUCCAUCCCGAGGUUGUCUUGUUGACUGCAGUACCACAAAACCCAUCUGAAAAACUGAGAAAAAGCACAGGAUGUUGUGAAGUGGAAAGUGUGCAUAACUCUUUUUUAGCCAACUUCAUAGACUGUGAAGAAUCUAACAGUGAAAGUGAAGAAGAAUCAGAAAUCUCAGCUUCAGUGCAGGAUCUGGACCCUGUAGUGCUUCCCCAGCAAAAGGUUGAUGCAGAUGUACCCCAGUGGGAAGUAUUCUUUAAAAGAAAUGAUAAUGUCACAGAUGAGGGUUUGGAAAACUUUCCUUCCUCCACAGAGACUAGGGGAUCUCAGUCACCCAAGCUUUUUAGUGACUCUGAUGGAGAAUCAACCCAUAUCUCCUCCCAGAAUUCUUCUCAGUCAACACAUAUCACAGAACAAGGAAGUCAAGGCUGGGACAGCCAGGCAGAUACUGUUUUGUUAUCAUCGCAAGACAGAAAUGGGGAUAAUGGUUUUUUGAACAAAAGUGUCCACAGACCAAAAGUCAAGGACAGUGUCCCUGCCUCUCAGAUGGAACAAAAUAUACUUUCCCCAAAGGAUACUCCCAGUCAUGUGAAAAGCAGAGAACAGGACAUACUUGAGGAAAAAAGGUUGCCAAAUUAUAGCACAUACACAGAUUCACAAAGCUCCUCUGAUUUCGAAAUUCCCUCAACUCCAGAAGCUGAGCUACCUAAACAAGAGCAUUUACAAUAUUUAUAUGAAAGGCUAGCAACAGGUGAGAAUAUAGUAGUUGAAAAAGCUCAUUCUUGGAUAUUUAAGAAUUAAAACACCCUUUCCUAGAGCUACCAUGAAAAAACUUUUAUAGGAAAUUAAGUUACAGUGAAAUAAAAAGCUUUCAAAUUGGCUAGGCACAGUCAAAUAUGCCUGUAACCAACACUGAGACAAGCUGAGGCCAAGAGGGUUGAAAGUCUUAGUCCUGCUUGGGUAACUUAAUGAGACCCUGUCUCAAAAAGGACAAGGAUACAGCUCAGUGCAAAGGAUAUGAGUU